UCAGCCUGCCCCUUCCUCUUGUCCCUGAGCUAGCAGCGUAAGAAAUUGGAAGCUAGCGCUUAGCAGCUGUUUGUGUCAAACAACCAACUAACCAGCCUCCUAGUCAUCCAGCUAGCUAGUCUGUCUGUUAUUCUAGGUUGUGGUGCAUCUGCUGGAGAAGAAUCUUGGGCGACUAGUUUUGUCUUCUCGGGACGUCAGCUGCCUCAUCCGAACGAGUUGAAAAAGCUGUAGAAUAUCGUCCUCGCCAUCUCAACAGGAAGAAGCCCUGGGACAUGGCAAGACCAGAACAAGUCCUGGUGCUAGAGCCGCAACACGAACUGAAAUUCAGAGGCCCGUUUACAGAUGUUGUCACUGCCACUCUGAAGCUCACCAACCCCACAGAUAGAAAUGUGUGUUUCAAAGUCAAGACGACGGCGCCGCGCAGAUACUGUGUUCGCCCAAACAGCGGCAUCAUUGACGCCGGGACCUCCAUCAACGUUUCGGUCAUGCUACAGCCUUUUGAGUACGACCCCAAUGAGAAAAGUAAACACAAAUUCAUGGUGCAGUCUGUGCUGGUUCCCUAUGACAUGACUGACAUGGAAGGAGUUUGGAAGGAGGCGAAACCUGAAGAAUUGAUGGAUUCAAAGUUGAGGUGUGCAUUUGAGAUGCCUCUAGAAAACGACAAAACUCAUGAGGGGGAAAGCAAAAAAAAUGAAACUCCCUCUACUUCUGUUAAGUCUGAGCACCCGGCCAAGCAAGGCAGCGUCUCGAUGGACGACGGCGAGGUGAAGAAGAUCAUGGAGGAGUGCAAGCGGCUGCAGAUGGAGGUGCAGAGGUUACGGGAGGAAAAUAAACAAAUCAAGGAAGAUGAUGGACUGCGGAAGAGGAGGGUGACCUCCGCUGCUGCUCCUCACUCCUCCAACAUGGCAAUGACGGCCGUGAAGGACGAAGGCCUGAGCACUCGUGUCCUGGCGUUCUGCCUACUCUUCUUUGUGAUCGGGGUCAUUAUUGGCAAGAUGGUCCUGUAGACACACAGAGGGACAGAGCACAGGGACAGAACGACGGAUGGACAGCGGACUCGGGAAGACGAGGGUUGAUGACGGUGAUGGCAGUGAAGAUGUCUUCUGGGUUCAUGUUGAUCUGUUUUCCCGUUUUCUUCAUAAUUUAAUGCAAUAUGUCACAGAGGUAUGCUUGUAUGAAAUGUAACUGCAAGUUUUAAGAGCGAGCAAAGGAAAGGCGGGUUAAAGAUGUCUCACGUUUUUGUCACAGGUUCCGCUUUUCGCCCCUGUUUUGUUUUGCAAAAAUCUGCCUUUUCUGCUUCUUCCGUCCAUCUCUCCAUAAUCUCCUCACACUUGCACAGGUAACAGUGAUCUUUGUGGAAGUGGCUUCACUUGGCUAAAUGUUAACGCUUUCAUUGGUUUUCAGGUUUUAAAGUUCCACACUCGUGUCAAUUUCUGCUCCUCGAGAUUUUAAAGGGGCAUUGAUUGGAAAUAAUCUGUGCAAACCGACCUGAAUCUGUUGUCUUAUAAAGUUUGACCAUGUUUUAGCCAGUAAAAGCUGUGUGUGCGUUUGUGUCUUUUCUGGCUUCCCACAGGAACCCUGGCAUGAGUGUGUUGUUGAUGUUUUAUGUGACGACAAAAAGUGAACUUGCAGGUUUGGGGAAAAGAAAAAGACAAACUUCCAUUGCACCAGAUUUCCUUCAUGCAACAGAAAACCAGGAGUCUGUGUUAAAAAUUGAGAAAUAAGCUGAAUAAACACGGUGGCUCACUUGAGCUAAAAACUGUACAUCGAUUUUGGAAUCAUAAUAAACAUGACAAUAUAAUACUUAUAACGGUUUUAUGCUUCCCUGUGAUGUCUUUAACAAACAAAUAUCUUAUUUAAGAUGACGUGUUUUCAAUAAUCUGGUCAUUGAGGCUGAAACAUAUUAAAGCAAAUAGUCCAAAGAUUGUUGAUUUUCUUUUUCUCAUUUGAGCGAACAAGAAAUGAUUUCUUUCUCCUGUUGGAGAACUAAUUUGUUCUGUUUUCCAUUCUCUAGAUCACUUUUUUUGUGCAUAAAACAAUUCUUUAUAUUUUAGAGCCUUGUGUUCUAUUAUCCAAUCUGCUGUUUUCAGGUAUGGCUGCAUUUUGUUUUUAUAACUUUUUUUUUUUUUAAUUAUUCAAGGAAAUCAAUUGGGACCAGUGUGGUUCACCACAUAAGUGAUCAGCUUUUCUUCCUCUUUUCUUUUGCUUUUUUUUUCCAUUUCUGACAUCAGCAAGUUUGUUUGUUUUUCCUCGUAAAGCUUGGAGGCAGAAUUCUACCAGAAAACUACAUGAAAAGAAAAGCUAAAGGGGCUUUGGAUUACACAUACAGUCACACCCGAGUAAUCACACUCAUUGGAUAGUCUUGUAUAUAAAAUGCAAAUACUCCAUACUGUCAAAUUACUAACAUACUGUAUUAAAUGAAGAACGUACCUGGACAACCAUGAUUAUGUAGCAACAUAAUUAAAGUUAUGUGAACCAUC